AUGCCUAAUGCGUUUUGCGUGUAUUUAAUAAGAAAUCAGCAUGCUUAUGAAUUUUUUUUUUUAUCAACAGGAGGUAUGGUCCGAGGUCAUGUGGCUUUGUGCAUAGCGACGCUCGCGACGUUUGUGCGGUCAGGCGCAGCGGGCAUUCUCGAAUGGGGACGAUCCAACCACAUAGAGGUCAACAUACCCUGGUUACCAUUUGAAAACGAAACAAGAUGUUACGACGAACUAGGGUGUUUAAAUAUCACCCGAGAUUGGUAUCAUCUUAUUUAUCGGCCGUUCAAUGUGUUUCCAUUAGCGAGGCAAGUCAUCGACACACGGUUUAUAUUGUACACGAGAAAAAAUCCAUUACAGGGUCAAAUGCUGAAAGUACAAUCGGAGAAAACAAUACAGAAGUCCAAUUUUGAUCCCAAAAAACCUACAAAAUUUAUUAUACACGGUUUUAUAGACACGCCUUUGAGCAAUUGGGUCAAGGAAAUGAGGAGAGAACUUCUGAAACAUUCUGAUUGGAAUGUAAUUGUAGUGGACUGGGCCGGCGGGUCGUUGCCUUUAUACACGCAGGCAACAGCCAAUACGCGGCUUGUGGGACUAGAAAUCGCCUAUUUCAUCAACUAUUUAAAAGAUAACGUGGGGUUAAAUCCGAAACAUGUUCAUCUGAUAGGACACAGUCUGGGCGCUCACACUGCCGGGUACGCCGGUGAAAGGAUCGAAGGGCUAGGACGAAUCACGGGACUAGAUCCUGCUGAACCAUAUUUCCAAGGAAUGCCUUCACACUCCAGACUGGACCCUUCCGAUGCGCAACUUGUGGAUGUCAUACACACUGACGGGUCCUCCAUAUUUCUGUUGGGGUACGGGAUGAGCGAACCUUGUGGCCACAUUGACUUUUAUCCAAACAACGGUAAGGAACAGCCUGGCUGUGAUCUAACGGAAACUCCAUUACCUCUCACUCUCAUCAAAGAGGGAAUUGAAGAAGCAAGUCGUGUUUUAGUUGCUUGUAAUCACGUAAGAGCCAUAAAACUGUUCAUCGAGUCUAUAAACUCAAAAUGUCCAUACGUCGCACACAAAUGCAACUCGUAUCAAAACUUCUUACAGGGUAAAUGUUUCUCGUGCAAGGAGAAUGAUACAGGAUGUGCCAUAAUGGGCUUAAAUACAGUAAGACCAAACCAUGCACCGGGUUCCAAGUAUUUCAUAACUACUGGGAAAGAUACGCCAUAUUGUAGUAAGUAUAUCCACAAAGAGAAUAUUUGA